CUUCUAAACAUUUACCCAAUUCGUGCAAGAAGACGACUGUCACACCGAUUCCUUCACACACACCAAAAAUAACCAUGGAUUCCGCCUUAGCAAAGGAAAUAGAGGAAGCAGUUCUACAAGUAUUGAAGAAUUCCGACAUGGAUUCCACAACAGAAUAUCAAGUCCGUAAACUAGCAUCGGAGCCGAUCGGAAUCGAUUUAUCGGAACCUUCAUGGAAGAAACUUGUACGGACUAUCGUGCAAACGUACCUUGAGGAACAACAGGCUAAAGCAGAGGCUGAGGAAAAAGUCACUGAAGCAGGUGAACCAGUGGAAGAAGAAGAAGAUAGUGAGGAUGAUAAGAAGAAGCGUAAAGGUGAUAAGGAGUAUGAUGAUGAAGGAGAUCUCAUUGUUUGUAGACUUUCUGAUAAAAGAAGAGUGACUCUUACUGAGUUGAGUGGGAAAAGUUUGGUGUCUAUAAGGGAGUAUUACAUCCUCACUCACACAAAACCAACAACACUACACUAUUAUUAUUAUGUUUCAGAUUCACACCAAUGGCCACUCAAUCUCUUCACUCACCACACCCAAAAUACACUUAACUAA